CAUCCACAUAAAACAUUAACUCAGAAAAUGUCCCCUUAUUGAUUCCGAAUUUCAACUGACUGCUGACGCUAUAUAAUUCAUAGAUUAUACUGAACAAAAUCAUUGAGCAAGAGUCUGACCUCUGGCGAAUAUUUUGAAGUAACUUCAGGAAAAUUCCUGUAACGUUUCCAUUUAUGAAGAAGGUUUUUCUGUAAAUAAAUGCUAAUAACUUUCCUUGAGUCCUUGAAAUUUCUUCUCCAGUAUAAAUAGUUUCCUUCUUCAUAAAGUUACGAUGAAUGUUCGUCAAAAUUCGUGAGCGAUGCUCCGUCAUUUGCUAGAAACCAUUCGUAAACUGGCAUGACACUUUUAUUUCCGAACCGUAGGUGGGUGCGGAUCAGUGCUUUAAGUGUAGCUAGUUUGCGUCUGUUACUAUUUUCUUGGUUUCAUUUAAACUGUUAUGAAACUGUCGGAACAUCGAAAUUCUAAUGGUCUGAUACAUUAUAGAUACAUGCACUUGCAUUAGAUUUUACGAUUAGAUUACGAUUUCAAUAUAGAGAUAUUCCAUCUAUAAUUCUAAUAUAGUAGGCAAACUAGACUGUAUACUGUUUUUAAUUAUGUAAUCUACAAAUAAAUGUCAGACGUAUUUCAAAUAGUAGAUUAGCUAUUUGAAUGCAGCAUAAAAUGAUAUCAAAUAAAAGUUGCCGAAUCAUGGAAUUUCCACUGCUACUUUUGUUUGAAAUUAACUAUUGACCUUGUUUUAAGUAAUACCAGCAUUAUAAUUAUUAUGUUGGUUGUUUCAACGAUAAAACAUCGCUUACCAGAACGAUGAUAUUGAGUAAAAGUUUAACGAUAAUCUACCUUACUUCAUUACUGGAUUUAUUUGCUGUUGGUUUAACGGUUCCUUUGAUUAGCUCGCACCUUUUAUCAGUGGGUGCGUCACGAACUACGGUUGGCUUAGCCCAGUCCACUUAUUCAUUAUUGCAAAUUUUUUGGGGUCCAGUUUUUGGCAGUCUUAGUGAUGCGUUUGGUAGAAAGUUUAUUUUAGUUCUGGUAACAUCUUCCUGUUCCCUUCUUUACUUCCUUCUGGGUUUUUGUAAUUCCGUUUUACUCUUCUUCUUGGUGAGAAUCGCUUUGGGUUCAAUAAAGCAUACUCAAACGCUAUGCAAGGCGGUAAUCGCUGACAUCAUACCUAAAGAGAAGCAGACUGAAGUUUUGGGUUUUUGCAAUGGUUUGAGUUCCUUAGGNAAGUAUGUCUCCCGACUAGAAUAUUGGAAGGGGGAAGGUAGAAUCGUGAUCAGUCAUCUUAUCCAAAAAUUAAAAAGAAUUGAACUGCAUCAAAAAUCGAAUGGUGUUAUUUUCGUAAGCAAGUGUAAUAUUAAAAUGAUUUUAGCUGGCGUUCACUUUGUCCAAGUUCUAAUCAAAGCGAUCGCGGUAGAUAUAAUUCCCGAAAAGGAACAAGUAACCGUCUUCACCAAUAUCGGAGCCUUAUUAGGGGUUGGAUUCACAUUAGGCCCAGUAAUUGGAGGUCAUCUUUACGCUGCUCACGGAGACUUCUUUUAUAUUGUUGUUAUAGUCAAUACGUUAUACUUGGCAUGCUUGGGAGCCGUUGCUUUACUUCCGGAGACCCAAACAUCCGCCAAACCAACAAAACCAAAGUCAGGAGUAAUCCAGAACAUCCAACAAAUAAACUGGACGCUGAUUUGGGACGUCUUUUUAGUCAAAAUGGCCAGCGAAUUGGCUUUUUCUUUUUGGAGAUCGACGCUGAUAAUUUUAAUGAGGGAAGUGUUCGAUAUCCCCACAAAAUCUCUGGGAUACUUUAUCGGAUACAACAGUGUCCUUAUGGUACUUUCAAACAUCUUCAUGCCGUUCAUACAACGGAAUUUAUAUCCAGAUGAUCAAAAUGGUACCAAUAAACUACUUAAAUUAUCUCUACUCCUGCAAGGAGUGGCUUUUGCUCUAAUGGCAGUCAGCAAAUCUUUCUCUGCAUUUGUAAUACUCUGUACUCCACUAAUAUUUGGAAAAGUAUUGCUAGACACAGUUUGGAUGAAAAUAUUGCUGAAUCGUAUUAAAGAUGAAGAUAAGGGAGUUAUUAUUGGUGCUUCUGAUAGCAUUGUGCCUCUAAGCGGUUUUAUUAGCCCCAUUACAGUUGGAGCUGUUGUGGAAGUGUUCAGUCUCGGAGCAUCUUGCUACCUACCCCUACUGGCUCUAGCUGUAUCAGUUCCAAUUAUUAACAAAUUGGGAAAUUAAAUAAAAUAUUAGAACCCCAUAUGUUAAUAAAGUAAUUAUUGUAAUAAACUGCAAUGAUUAUUUUUUUUUGUUGCUGGUCGAAUAGCGCAGAGUGUCUCCUAGGUGCUCCUGCAAACGCAAGUGAGAGAGGCAUACAACAAAUCUACUGUCGGCCUCUUUCCGCGUGAUCCAAAAGAGGCAGGUAUAGUGUCCAACGAUAUCUGUCUCUCUUUCUCCAUAACCAUAACCAGAAGGCCUAGUUACGGAGGAAGACAGACAGAUAUCGCUUGUUUCUAUACAUAUAUUAAUCUCUGUCUUCUCAGGUACUCGCUCCUAAGAAGUCAAAAUUUGACUGGCGCUGCUACACCGUACCGACGUCAACGGUGAAUGUUAAAAAUAAAUUCUAAUUUAUAUACUCGUCUAAUAACUGUGCCCACAGUUGUAU